GAUAGCACAUAUGUUUUCGUCAUUGGAGGCAACAAAUUUUACCUCUUCACUGCCGGUUAGUUUAAUCCUGUAAGAAUGGCGUGCAUUGAUCAUCUCAAUGAUGACUGCCUCCUUAAAAUCGUAGAGUACCUGAACCUGGAGGAGCAACUGCAGCUAUGGAAGAGUUCCGAGCCAUCAUCCCGCCUGAGAUCGGUGCUUACGUACACCUGGCAGCACCAGACAGAUCACUCCCUGGACCAGGAGACAUUCGAGGGAAAUCCCGACAUCCUCCAAGAAUUCCUGCAGUCCAUCCGCCUCACGGUGGCGGAACUCACGCUCCGGUACCUGGACUUGGAUCAACUCAAGCACUGGAAGAACCACACCUUUCCCAAUUUGAGGAAUCUCACCUACAUGGGGGACGAAAACAAUGAGAUGGAGGGAGACUCUGACAUUGCGAUUCUGGUGAACUGUUUUCCGCUGCUGGAGGGCAUUGGGAUAAGCGGAAACGCCAGUGGUCAACACAUCAGUCAGUGGCGGAAUCUUCGAAGACUCGAUCUUCAGCUUUGCUGGUACCUGAGCACCCAGUUCUUCGAGGAAAUCUGCCAGAACCUUGGGAACCUUCAGACCCUGAGCAUCCAGUGGCACAAGGCGGAGGAAGAUGCCUAUGUGCGGGCCAUCAGUUCGCUGCAGGAACUGGAGGAGCUGGAGUUGGACAUCGUCCACCUAGGCAUCGAAAACACCAGCAAACUAAUGCGUCUGCCCAGGCUGAGAAAGCUGCGACUGCAGAAUUACGACCAGUUGGACGAUUUGUUGUCGGAAAUCGGACGUCUAAGAGGUCAGGAUGUGGUAACGGCCGCUUUCAGCGAUAAUAUCUGGAUGAGGCGAACUGAAGUAUUGGCCAAGUUCCGAAACCUCCGGUGCCUGACUCUUGUCGACGAUGAAGGCUGUGGUGCCAUUGACUUUCGAACGAUAACCAACUGCUUUCCUCUGUUGGAGCAACUGCAUCUGGAAAACUCAAGAAUUUGGUCAAAUGCCGACGGGAUUUGGGACACGGUGCUUGCCUGCCCAAGACUCAGGGUCUUCAGCAUAUCCAACCAGGUUCUGCACGACGAAUUCUUCGCCUUUAGCAAGUCAAUCAUGAGCCGCGCCUUGAAUCAGCGGAAGGAGGCGUUGACCAUCCAAUUCUAUAAAACUGAUAAAGAGGCGUUGAUCGCCCAGCAUUUUAGGCACCCGAAACUUAUAGUUUCCUAUAGUCCGACGAACAGCAUCGAUUCACAAUUGCCAGGCGAGUGUAUAGAGCUUGAAUUUGUAUUACAAGUAACGUGACUCGCAAAAUGGGCGUAAUUACGCAUCAUUUUGGAAAGCAACACCGUGUUAUUUAAUUAGUAUUUAUCU